CCCUACAAAAAUAGAUUUUAUUUGAAGUUUGAAGCUGAAUUUUGAAUGUUGAAGUUAGCCGGCUAGGUAGCUGAGAUAGCAAGAUGGCUACGUCUAUUUACUGCGAAACAAUAACAAAGACUGAGAGACAGCGCACACAGUGAGGUGGUAGGCGGUAGCCCGGCGUCGGGGAUGACACUGCCGCCGUUACUGUCCGUUGGAGGAAGAGGAAGAGGAAGGAGGUGAUGAUGAUGAUGAUGAUGAUGAUGACAUGCAGUUAGCUGCCUGGCUGGCUGACGGACGGACGGACGGACUUCAGCCCACUGUGAGUGAGGUGUCUCCCCCCCGAAACCAGCAGAGGAUCCGGGACGAAGAGAGGCGAAGAUGCCGCGGAGAAAACAGUCAAACCCGCAGCCGGUUAAAUUGGACUCGGAGGACGGGGCGGUGGUGUGCGAGCCGGGCUGCCUGGUUCUGGAGAGCGACUUCCUGCUGAGCGGAGAGCUGGAGUUUGGAGACUCGGAGAUCAUGGGGCUGGAUAGAGACGCCGGUAUGACGGUCUUCUCUCUCAGCGUGGAGGACGAUCCCUCGGCGCCCACAGACUCCACCUUCCCAGCGUUCCUCUCCUGUAAAGGCUGCGGACAACUUCUGGGAGACACUCCUCUGGGUGCAGGCUUGGAUCUGGGUGUGGGUCUGGAUCUGGGGGCGGAGCUUUACUGUCUCACCUGUGAGGAGGGCCUCCAGCACGCAGCCUCCGAGGACUCCUCUCACGCGGAGGGAUCAAACCUGGCUGACAGAUCUAUUGGUGCCGGCGGCGGCGGCGGUUCCGACAGGAAGAGGAGCGGCGUAGGUAAAGUGGGCGGAGCCGGCGACAUCGCUCCGAAGCUGUACUCCUGCUCGCUGUGCGCCUUCACCUCGCGCUACUCCAACCACCUGAAACGCCACAUGAGGAUCCACGACGGCCAGAAGCCGUACCGCUGCCCCGUCUGCCCCUACGCCUCGGCGCAGCUCGUCAACCUGCAGCGCCACGCCCGCACGCACACCGGAGAGAAGCCGUACCGCUGCCACCAGUGCAGCUACGCCUGCAGUUCCCUCGGCAACCUGCGGAGGCACCAGCGCAUGCACACGCAGGAGAGACCGCAGAGGAGGGAGAAGGAGAAGAGACGAGGGAGGAGGAAAAAAACAAGUGCGGAAACCGAAGAAGUGGUGUCAGACCUGACCCUGCGAGUGUCUCAGGACUCGGGUUACCUCCAGACGUUGGGGGGUCUCGGCUCUCCCUCCGCCCCGCUCCCGGUCCUCCUCUUCCCCCUGUGCUGCCGGGUGUGCGGCCUCACCCUGGAGGAGGCCGACCUGGAGGGGGACAAGACGGAGGGGGAGGAGGAAGGGGAGGGGGAGGAGGGCGACGGAGGACAGGUGUGUCGUCGUUGCUCGUUGGACCUGCUGGACAAAGACGGCGCCGGUCCUCCCUGCAGCCCGGCGGUGUCUCGAGGUUCCCGGCGGGGUCAACGUGGCACUAAGCUGUACCGCUGCCCUCACUGCCCCUUCCUGUCCCACUACCCCAACCACCUGGCCCGCCACGCCCACACCCACUCCGAGGAGAAACCCCACCGCUGCCCGCACUGCCCUUACACCUCCUCGCACCUCGACAACCUCAAACGCCACCUGCGCGUGCACACGGGCGAGAAGCCUUACCAGUGCCCGUCGUGCAGCUACGCCUGCGGGAACCUCGCCAACCUGCGCCGACACGAGCGGAUCCACUCGGGCGCCAAGCCGUUCCACUGCGGCGUCUGCGGCUACUCCUGCAACCAGAGCAUGAACCUGAAGAGGCACAUGCUGAGGCACACGGGCGAGAAGCCGUACGCCUGCGCCGAGUGCGGCUACACCACGGGUCACUGGGACAACUACAAACGCCAUCAGAGGAAACACGGACACAACACGGACAGCUGGGACAAACACGCACCCAUCAACGGCCUCAGCUGGGGCAAAGACACUCAGGAGAGCCAGAGUCAGGGACAGCAGCACAGUUAGAUGCUGUGGGAGAGUGUGUGUGUGAGUGUGUGUGUGUGUGUGUGUGUGUGUGUGUGUGAGUGAGUGUGUGUGUGUGUGUGUGUGUGUGUGUGUGUGUGUGUGUGUGUGUGUGUGUGUGUGUGUGUGUGAUGUUAUAUGAUACAUGUAUCAGGGUUACUGGAAAGAAAGAAUCUGCUUUAGAGCUGAAACAAGCAGUCAAACAACAGGAAAUGAAUCAAUUCUGAUAAUUAAUUAAUUGUCAAAGAUUCUCUGGUUUAAACAGAGAAGUCAGACAUGUUUGAUUUUGACUAAAACCGUAAAAAAAACACGUUAACAGAAAAGUUUUUGAUAUUUAAUUGAUCGUUCAGGUCAUUUAUCAAACAGAAGAGUCAAACUUCCAGCUUUUCAAAUGUGAGGAUUUGCUGUUUUACUCUGAUUGGGGGGAAAAAUGAUGAUGUGUUGAACGUGAGCGAGAAGCUGAACCCAAAUAAUGUUUUACACCUUUUUCCCAGCGGCUCAGGAACCGUUUCAGGAAGUUUAUACAGGAGGAACCGGAGUCUAAACGUAUUUCCUGGCGUCCAAACCGUCCACUGACGAAUCUCUGGUCGAACACAAAGUCUGCUUGCUGAUUCGUUUCAUUACAUCCGCGCUGCUCCUCAGGGUUAAACGUCAAACAACUAAACGUUUUUUAAUCAUCGAUUAAUUGACUGUUUUAAUCUAUUAAUCGUUUGCUCCAUAAAAGAUCAGAAAACGGAGAUGAAGAUCUUAUUAAAUGUCUAAUUUUGUCUGAUUAAAACGUCUCAAACCCAAAAAAUAUUCACUUUACCAACACAGAGCCGCCUCUCUGACGAGUCGAUGCAUCAGUCGUGUGUUUUUUUUUUUUUUUUUAAUGGAUGACGCAGGAUGACGCAUGACGGGCUGCAGACUUUUACAGAUUCUUGUCUCUAAAUGACAUAAAUACAAAACUGUGAUGGAAACAGAAGACAGAGCGACUGUGUUUCCUGCCGUGAUAUUUCUCACAGGAGGCCGUGUUGAUGAAACACACAGAGUGUCGUUCAGCACGUCGGCUUAUAAAAUAAAUAUAUAUAUAUAUAUAUAGGAGAAUACACGUCAGUCUAAUAUAAGAUGAAGAAAAGCAGCAAAUUCUCAUAUUUAAUCAGCUGGAAUCAUCAAAUCUUUUGCAUUUUUGCUUUAAAAAAAACCUUAAAGAUUAAUUAUCAGAACAGUUGCAGAUAAAUUUUCAGGUUUCAGUCGUUGCAGCUCCGCCUGAGACUGAAACUGUUUUUUUUUUUUUUAUAAACGUUGUUGAUGAAUCGUUGCAGCACUGAUCUGAAUCACCAUCAGCCCGUUUCACCACGGCCAUUUGCAUGUUCUGCACAACGGAUCACAAUAUUAUGGGGACGAUUGUUGUUAGUGAAACGUGUCAAAACGAGAGUCAGGAAGUGAGCUCACGCUGCAGAUUCGGUGAAGUCGCCCCCUGAUACAUAUAUAUACAUAUAUACAUAGAGAGAGUGUGUGUGUGUGUGUGUGUGUGUGUGUGAGAGAGUUGUAUACAUACACUGGUGAACCUCCAGCUCAGGUUGGGGCUAAACUCAGGUGCCUUUGACAGACUUUAAUGCUGCACUGACUUUAUUAAAGGGGCAUUAACACGUUAACACACAGACUUUAAAUCAAUCUUCUUCUGUUCGUGCACAGAAGUGGACUUUUUUUUUUUCUAACUGUGUGUCAUGAAGCCAAUCUGAUAAAUCGAAAUGUCUAUAUUUUUCUCUCUCUCUCUCUCUCUCUCUCUCUCUCUCUACAGAUAAUCUAUAUUUUGUAAAUGUGGGUGGAUUUUUUUUUUUAAUAGCAGAAGGGUGGAUCAUCAUCUAACAAGCUUUAAGUUGAUAUGAUUCUUUUUUGUUUGUUUGUUUGUUUGUAUGCCGGAAAGACGUGUAAUCGUUUUUCUGUUUUUUUUUCAGCGGGGUUCCUGUGCAACUUCAGCCUGGUUUCAGAUCUCUGACUCUAGUAGUAGCCAAAAUCUAUUACUUAGUUAUACUUUUAUGAAAAUAUGGGGAGAGAAAAACAGCCAAUUAAACGUGAUAAAGACAGUAAAUAACCUCCUGUGGACUAAAGUUAAGACUGCCACAGCGUCUAUGCAGGAAGGAUGACGUCACUCUACUGAUUGAUUGAUUAAAGCAACUUCCAAAAUACUUCCAACAGGAAAUCAAACAUACACAUGAUGUCAGACGCAGUAAGGAAGUGACAAAAUGCAGAAAAAA